CGCGGAAUCUUGAGUUGUCGCGGGAGUUAGUGUAGAGCAUUUUAGCAAACUUUUAUACUCUAAUAUUUAGAGUGAUUAAACCCUUGCAAAAAUGUUGUUCAGAAGUAUAUAUGAUAGAUGCGAAGGACGCCGGAAAGUACGAACCCAAAGUGUGAUAUCUCCAUUGCUUGAUCAGUUCGAGUCUCUCACCAGUGAUGAUUAUUUAUUGGCUUCAGAAGAUGAUGGGGUGUCCGUCCCACCUCUUGCUUGCAGCUUCUGUCCAGUUGCAUCCUCCAGUCAUAUCCUGAGCCUGGUAGAUGAGAAUGGUUACCUGGUGCUGUACAAUACUUUGCGUACUGGGACAGAGGCCAUUCUAACAGAGUGGCAGGCCCACAACAACGCCAUCUUUGAUCUGGCCUGGAUGGAGUCGGAAGAGAAGAUUGUGACGGCGUCUGGUGACCAGACGGCCGUGUUGUGGGACCCGCACACCAGUACCAAGAUGGAGGUGUUCAAAGGCCACACCAGCAGCAUCCGAUCUGUCGCCUUUAGGAAGUUUGACGAUGCUGUUUUAGCAACUGGGUCUCGAGAUGGCCAUGUCAUGCUCUAUGACAAGCGCUGUGCUCACAAAGAAGGCUUCAUCCCUCCGAUGAAUGUGAUCCGCAACGCCCACUCAGUCCAGGGUCUGAAGAGUAAGAAGCGCACCAAGCUAGGGCUGGUCAUGGACAGCCAACAGAGUGUCACAGUUGUAGCAUUCCAGUCUGACAUGUUGCUCAUCUCCUCUGGCGCUGUGGAUGGAUGUAUAAAGAUUUGGGAUUUACGAAAGAACUACUCCUCACUCAACUCGGACCCUGUGGCUCGAUACAGCUUCCCUUAUGGAGGACCUCGGGCAAGUAAACAUGGUUAUUCCAGCCUGACAGUCGACUCGUACGGUGCUAAUUUAUUUGCCAGCUGUACAGACGACAUCAUCUACCAGUACGACCUUGUCACAUACAACAAACAGCCAGUGAACACCUUCCGAGGCCAUCAGAACCACACGUUCUAUGUCAAGUCUUCCAUCAGUCCCGACAACGACUUCCUCCUGAGUGGUUCCAGUGACUCCAUGGCCUAUGUGUGGGAGAUUGACAAGCCCAACAAGUCGCCAGUUGUGUUGAAGGGCCAUCGGGCGGAGGUCACGAGUGUCUCAUGGAGCAAGCAUGACUUCACAAAGCUGGCCACCUUGUCUGACGACAACUCCAUGAAGUUGUGGAGGGUGCUGCGGAGAGUCAAGCCGCCAUUGUUUGGGGAGGUGGCAGGAACAGCGGAGAGGACCCACAGAGAAAUCGGGACUUCAACCGUACCCACAGCUAAAGAGACUCCAAAGAAGCCUACCUGUCCUGUCAGGGAGUACUCUCCCCUUAGUCAGCCUCGUUCGUCACCAGGGGGAAAGUCUCCCAGUUUAGGAAAGUCACCAUCCAUUAAAGACUGGUUUAAAAAACAAUCAUUUAAAGAAAAUAAGCCCGAAGGUCCUGUGUUCAGCGAGCAAGUACAUUUACAAUCUCCGCAGAAACAAACCUUUCAUCCGUCUCCUCGGAAAGCAUCCAGGUUGAAAUUGGAUGAGGAUGAGGAGGAUACAGGCUACUUCAAUGGCAGCAGUACUGUCCCAUUCAAGGCAUAUGUGGAGAAAGAGAACAGUUGUUCAGCUAAGAAAACGUCGAAAAGGAAACUAGACAUUGGUGAGACAAAUGAACAGUGUAAACGGCGCCAUAUUGAACAAAGCAGUCCUGCCAAGAGUGAUAUGGUUCUGCGUGAUUUGGAGGCAGAAUUAAACAAUUCUGAAAAAGCAAGUUCAUGUGAUAUAAGAUCUGAAGGACUUAAAAAUUCUAUUAUUGACAAGUGUGCAAAUAGUGAGAAAGGAGAAGUGUUUUCACCAACGCGUAAUCUCCCCAACCUUGUAGUGGAUGAAGCUGAGAACCGCCAAGAACGAUUGUCAGUGGUAAUGGCAAGUCCAAGUCAGGACAAGAAGUGCAUUGACUGGCUUACUCAGAUCCGACUUGGUAAACACGGACAUGGAAGGGGUAUAUUUCCGAGUCCGGCCAAGUCUGUUACAUCAGAGGAUGAUAUGUGUGGACGAAGUGACUGCUCUUCUCCUGGCAGAUCUAUAAUAAGGACACCAGUGAAGGGGAUGAAGUCUAUUUUGAACUACUUCCAGAAGUCGGCAGAGAAGAAACCAAGGAAAUAAUGUCCUAUCCUUUAAAAAUGAAACUGAAACUUAAUAUUCUCCUAAAUACUAACACUUCAUAUUGUCCCAAAUACUAUCUUAUUUCAUGGUGCUGCUUGUUGGAUCAGUGGUCCAUUGUCCAUUUACAGUCUUGUGAAGAGAGUUUUUAUAUAUGGUAUACGAUGCUGCUAUAGGGCAAGUUUGAAUUUCUGCAGAUUGAAUACCUCAGUGGAAUGGUUUUACAAAUACCCUGGUCCGCUAGAAGCAUUUACCAGGACCAGUUGUUUAUGAACUGAGUGGACCGACUGGGGAAACUGUCAAUGCAGUCUCCUAACUGUUUGUCUUAUGAGAAUGAAAGGAAACACAUUUUGUAAUAAUUUAAGACUGAUGAUUUGUAAUUGGCAAGGAAAUCUGGGAUUUAUCUAGACCUGCUGAGAGGCUGAAAUUUGGCUCCAAAUCCUCACCAAAUGUCAAAAAUUCUCAAAUUGAAAUUAUGUUCUCAUAUUAUAACAAAUGUUAUGGCUUGCAGAAGUAACAAAUUUCACUGGAAGUGGUAAAUGUCUGAGACCUGCAUCACUUCGGGCUUUCCUCCCACAUUUACCUGACACGCUGUGAUAUAACUGGAAUACUGUUAAAAGCAGCUUUACACUAAAAUCU